UUCCUCGUCGGGCAUCGGAGAGGGAAUCGUUAAACUGUUCUCAAUAUUAGGGGCUAAUGUUGUGGUCACCGGAAGGAAAGCACAGGACGUUCAACGAGUGGCCAAAGAGGUCCAGGAGUUGUCACCAUUAAAAUUAAAGCCAUUAGAAGUUGUGGGAGAUUUGACCAAAACCUCUGAUGUAAGCAAUUUAAUCGAUUCUACGGUCAAAACAUUUAGCAAAAUUGAUGUAUUGGUCAAUAACGCCGGUAUAUAUCCGCAAACAAACAUCACACAACCGGAUCUGUUGACAGUUUGGGAUCAGAUAUUUGCCGUCGAUUUACGCGCUGUCGUAGAACUCAUCCACCGAUCGGUUCCACAUCUGGAGAAAACCAACGGAACUAUUAUUGAUAUUUCCAGUCUCUCAGCGAUUGCACCGAUCAAAUCAGAAUCAUCAUACGGACCGGCUAAAGCGGGUCUGGAUAUGUUGACCAAAAUAUUAGCCCUGGAAUUGGGACCCAAAG